GCAUAUGUUACGAGCAAAUUAAUUAUCUACGUUCGGUGGCUUCGCGGGUGGUUUUGCGAUUCGGUUAAUAGCAGUGGUCGCUGACUGUCUCUCUCGAGCAGCUUCAUCGACCGACGACAACCGCCAUUUCUUACCGUGCUGAGUCAGAAUUCUAAGCAAUUGGCCGUGAGCACAUGUUCUGGUACUGGUCGUAUGUGCAAAAUGAUAGGGUAUGGCACAGGUUAUCGGCUUAACCAAUGACAUCUCAGCCGAGGUUCGAGAUGCCACCUCAAGGGUCUGUCUUUCAGCCUCACUAUAACUGCCCAAACCUCAUAAACACACCCUAUCCUCACUUCUCCCACCUCCGCCUCCCCCUCUUCAUCCCCCCCAACCCUCCCUUCUCCGCCUGCGACCCAAACCCAAAAUGACACUUCUCCACUGCCUCCGCGCCUCCCUCCCCGACCCCACCUCCCCAACCUCCACCCUCCCCCUCAUCGCUCUCACCUCCCUAACAACGCUCUCCCUCCUCCACCUCACCCGCCUCGCCCUCUCCGCACCCCCGCUCACAACCCGCGGUCCCACCUCCACGCUGCUCCCGCGCCUCGACCAGGCGGCCCGCGAUGCUCUUUCGUACCCGCCUGAUAUCUUGCCGGGGGGGAGGGAUGUCGAUACACCGUAUGGCUCGAUAAGAGUCCACGAAUGGGGUCCAGAAGACGGCCCCAAAAUCCUAAUGGUGCACGGCAUCACAACACCCUGCCUCGCGCUCGGCGGCCUCGCCCGCGGCCUCGUCGAGAAGGGGUACCGCGUUAUGCUAUUUGACCUCUUCGGCCGCGGCUACAGCGAUACCCCCACCUCCCUCCCCCACGACCUGCGGCUGUACACCACGCAACUCCUCCUCGUGCUCUCCUCCUCCCACCUCUCCUGGUGCGUCCCGGGUGGGUUCACCAUCCUCGGCUAUUCUUUGGGGGGCGGGAUCGCGUCUGGUUUCGCGUCUUACUUCCCCCAUCUCGUGAGUAAACUCGUGUUACUCGCGCCCGCGGGGUUGAUAAGGCCGCAACAUAUGAGUUCGAGGAGCAAAGUCCUCUACUGCACCGGACUCAUCCCCGAGAGCUGGCUUGUGUGGUUGUGUGAGAGACGGUUGUUGGCUGGGCCCAUGUACGCGAAAGAGAAUAAAGCACCUGCUGAAGUCCUCACCGCCGAGCUGCCAGGCCAGGAGGGGGUGCCGAACCCGGAUUUUACGCCCCUCUCCCUAACCCGCCCCCACCUCACCGUCCCGGAGGCCGUGCAGUGGCAACUACGCAACCACCCCGGCUUCGUGCCCGCAUUCCUAUCUUGUAUCCGCUAUGCGCCCAUAACUGGACAGCAGGAGAUUUGGGAGAGGCUGCGCAGGGGGAGGGAGGAUGAGGUGCUGCUUGUGGUGGGGACGGAGGAUCCGAUUGUGCUUCCUGGGGAGGUGAGGGAGGAUGCGGAGAAGCUGCUGGGGGAGGGGAGGGUGAGGUAUGUGGAGGUGGAGGCGGCGCAUGAUUUUGUGGUUACGGAUGUUGGGGAGGUGGUUGGGGUUGUGGUGGAGUUUCUUGGGGGGGGAGGGGAGCAGGUUGAAUGAGUAGACUUUUAUUACUUUCGUUUUUAUAUAGAGGGUGGAGGAUAGGGGUGCGUUUCAUGUAUGAGCGGAGGGAGCGGUUGCGUGUAAUGGUUAGAGGGUGGAGGGGUGCGUUUCAUGUAUGAGCGGAGGGAGCGGUUGCGUGUAAUGGUUAGAGGGAUGUGUACGAUGAUAGAGGAUAGACGUUGGA